AUGGAAAGUUCCCAAUGUCCACUUGUGGUCAAGGAGGCAUUUCAUUUCCUCGUGAUUCCCUGUGUGAACCGCCAUCCUGCAACAGAACAAGGAGUGUACCUACUCAUCACUUUAGUUAAUACUAGGACCAUAUCUGAGAUACCACCUGUUGAGGGGCGCGCCAUACCUACCUGUACCCUUGAUCAUGCUUAGCAGGGCUGAGACUAUCUAUGAAUUGUCAAUCUUGUGUGUAUCCAACGGAGAAUCGCUGAAGUACAUACAUCAGUCUGCUCUCCAUCCAUAUUCCAUCCUCGUCCAUUCUACUAGUCUAGGAUCUCGUUUGCUCACCAGACAACCCCAUGCUUGUCGGAAGCAUUUGAUGACGGAAAGGAUAAAGAGAAGCUCGAGUUGUGAUCAGAGGAGGAUCACCAAGAAGUAUUUUGGCGUGAGAUUUGCGGGCUUGCUACGUAUUUCGUGCUCAGUUUGCCCCCUCUCGUCGCUUUCCAUAUUCCUUUUUCUCUCCAUUUCUUCUUGUUUCUUCGUCCCCUUGGCAGUAAGGAGGGAAUUCGUAAGUGCAGUUAGGCCGCGCCCUGCUUACUUGCAAGAGUAUAAACAGGACCACUUGCAUGACCGUGACACUCAAGCGGUCGUUACCGGAGUGAAAUGUUACUACUCAUGAACAAGCAAGACUUGGUGAGGAAGAAUCAUGAGCUUCUAAAGUAGGCCAUGACUGCCGAAAGAAAAGAUGGAUGAAACGAAGGCGCAUGGGAGAUGGAGGAAGUGGAUGACAUGUUGAAGUUGCCGUUCCCAUUAGGUAUCC